CAACUCACCACGCAUAACGUACUCUGAAACCUUCGCCGUAGAACUCUCUGGAACCCCAACUAUUCUUUUACUCAUUCUAAUUGUUGCACCAUUUUGCUUUAACCCAUUUUUCUUCGUCUUCUUCUUUUCUACAUUACAUUUCCACAGUUGGGUGCCGGAAAACAUGGACGAAGAUUUCGACUUACCGGCGGCGGAGCCUAUGAGUGAGGACUUCGACUUCGCCGGCGGCGGCGACGACAACCCGAUUAUCAAGGUCGGGGAGGAGAAAGAGAUUGGGAAGCAGGGAUUGAAGAAGAAGCUUCUCAAGGAGGGUGAAGGAUGGGACACUCCUGAAGUGGGUGAUGAAGUUCAAGUUCACUAUACUGGGACAUUGCUUGAUGGCACCAAGUUUGAUUCCAGCAGAGAUAGGGGAACCCCUUUCAAGUUCACGCUUGGGCAAGGGCAAGUUAUUAAAGGAUGGGAUGAAGGUAUUAGAACCAUGAAGAAAGGUGAAAAUGCCAUUUUCACCAUCCCACCUGAGCUAGCUUAUGGUGAAUCUGGUUCUCCUCCAACUAUUCCUCCCAACGCGACUCUCCAAUUUGAUGUUGAGCUUCUGUCUUGGACUAGUGUGAAGGACAUAUGUAAGGAUGGAGGUUUAUUUAAGAAGAUACUUACUGAGGGGGAGAAAUGGGAGAAUCCCAAGGAUCCUGAUGAAGUCUUAGUUAAGUAUGAAGCACGUCUUGAUGAUGGAACACUUGUAACGAAAUCUGAUGGAGUGGAGUUCACAGUUAAAGAAGGUCAUUUUUGUCCUGCUUUGUCAAAGGCUGUUAAAACCAUGAAGAAGGGAGAAAAAGUUAUUUUGACUGUGAAGCCACAAUAUGGAUUUGGUGAGAAGGGUAAACCAGCGCAUGGUGACGAAGGUGUAGUUCCACCAAAUGCAACACUGCAGAUUACUCUCGAGUUAGUUUCUUGGAAGACUGUGUCAGAAGUAACUGAUGACAAGAAGGUCAUUAAAAAGAUCCUUAAGGAAGGGGAAGGAUAUGAGCGUCCAAAUGAGGGAGCCAUUGUGAAAUUGAAACUAAUUGGUAAGCUGCAAGAUGGUACUCUCUUUUUGAAGAAGGGCCAUGAUGAUGGAGGGCAGCUGUUUGAAUUCAAAACAGAUGAAGAGCAAGUAAUUGACGGGCUUGACAGAGCUGUGUUGAACAUGAAGAAGGGUGAGGUUGCACUGUUGACUAUUGCACCUGAGUAUGCUUUUGGCUUGUCAGAGUCCCAGCAGGAAUUGGCAAUGGUUCCUCCUAACUCCACUGUGUAUUAUGAGGUUGAGCUAGUAUCAUUUGAGAAGGAAAAGGAGUCCUGGGACAUGAACACUGAAGAGAAGAUUGAAGCUGCAGGUAAGAAGAAAGAAGAAGGGAAUGCAUUGUUUAAAGCUGGUAAAUAUGCAAGAGCUUCUAAAAGAUAUGAGAAGGCUAUAAAGUUCGUAGAGUAUGAUACCUCCUUCAGCGAAGAGGAGAAGAAGAAAGCCAAGGCCUUGAAGGUUGCCUGCAAUCUAAACGAUGCAGCUUGCAAGUUGAAGUUAAAAGAUUAUAAACAAGCAGAGAAAUUGUGUACUAAGGUGCUGGACCUUGAGAGCACAAAUGUGAAGGCUCUCUAUAGAAGGGCCCAAGCAUAUAUCCAUUUGGCUGACUUGGAUUUGGCUGAAUUUGAUAUCAAGAAAGCUCUUGAGAUUGACCCUGACAACAGGGAUGUCAAGCUGGAGUAUAAGACUUUGAAGGAAAAAAUGAAGGAGUAUAAUCGAAAGGAGGCUAAAUUUUACGGAAAUAUGUUUAGCAAAAUGAAUAAACUUGAUUCUAUCGAAAGUAAUAAACCGGUGGCCAUGGAUGCUCAACCGAUGAAUAUCGACAGCAAGGCAUAAAAACCAUGGAAGUUCAUAUAAUUUCGUGGGUCUGUUUUCUUGUUAUUGUCUGUGGACAUUUGGAAAUUGUGUUGGUUUUUAUGGCAUGUGAACAGCGACAAAUUUUGUUUUAUUGUUAUGAAUAGGGGAAUUUGUCUUUACGAAAUUAAAUUUUAUGAGGUGACUAAUUUUUAUCGGAGCAGGAUCAUCUUACACCGAUGUAAGAAUAAUAAGUCUUACACCAAAUUUUAACCGUUAAAUUUUGUGCAUCUAACGGUUAAAAUUUAUUGGGUCUCACUCAUUAAUUAAUUAUUAA